AUGGAAGGAGAUUUCAACGGAAGCGAUUACGAGAAAGAGGAAGAUGACGAAGCCACUAAUCAUCUCAGAGACCGGUUCCGUCUUUCCACCAUCUCCAUCGCAGAAUCCGAAGCUAAGCGAAGUAACAUGGAGAUUUCUCAACCUGUUAUCGUCUGCAUCUCCGAUUUAGCUUUCAAGUAUGCCGAGCAGUUGGCGGAGGAUCUUGAGCUGUUUGCACAUCAUGCCAGUCGAAAGUCUGUCAAUAUGAACGAUGUCAUUCUUUCUGCACAUCGAAACAAACAUUUGGCAGAUUCAUUGAGGUCGUUUUCAUACGAUCUGAUGAAAGGAAAAGAGCCCCCGUCGGAAAGAAAGAGAAAGAAGAGUUCGAACAAGGAAGACAAAACUCUCCACAUCGAUUCAUAA